AUGGAAAAGCUUGAAGAACCGUUUAACAAAGAAUGUUUAUUCAUCAAGAAUGGUGUUAUUCUGUUAUUCUAUGUUAAUGACAUUCUGCUAUUUUAUGACAAGGCCACAAAGCAAGCUACUUUUAAGGAAAUCGAGAAAGGCCUUAUGAGAAAGUAUAAGCUUCGAAAAAUGAAGAAAUUUAAGUGGUUUCUCAAUAUUAGGAUCACUUGUGACUGUGCUCAGAGAAAGAUUUGGCUCUACCAGGACAGCCAGAUCACCAAGAUGGCUAGCAAAUUCAGAAUCAACGCCACGAACAAUGUCAAGACACCUAUAUCUGGCAAUAUUAAAGCUUCAACCGAACAAGCAACUAAUGAAGAGAUUCACGCAUAUCAAGAACUUGUGGGAUCAGCUCUUUAUGUUGCUGUAAUAACUAGGGUUGAUGUGGCUAAAGCUGUCAAUGAGCUAGCUAAGCACACCAAGAAUCCUUCAAAGGCUCACUUUUAG